AUGGCUCCUAUAUGGCCUCUCCUGGUGGUAUUGGUCUUUGGGCUGGAUACACAAGUUUCUCUGGCACAGACGACUGUUUCUAGCACCAGGAAUGAACUGACUGCCGCCUCCUUCUUGGAAGACCUCCUACAGAGAUAUGGAGAAAAUGAGACCCUGUCAUUACCACAACUGCAGUCUCUGUUGGAAAGGCUGGAGGUGGGGAAAGGGAUUGGAGACUCCGGCAACCUAUCCCAGUGUCUCAGUGCUUCUACUCUUUUUACUGCUCACAACCUGACCUCGGACUCUACGUUGGAUGCUGGGGGGCUGCAGAACCUCUGCCCUUCAAUCCUCCAACAGUUGGAAACCCAGUCAUGUCAAGGAAGCCCUGUCCCUCAGAACGAGACCAGCGAUGAGGGGAGACCCAGCACUGGCGAGGUGUGGGGUUAUGGACUUCUGUGUGUCACCGUCAUUUCCCUCUGCUCCCUCCUGGGGGCUGGCGUGGUUCCCUUCAUGAAGAAAGCCUGUUACAAGCGUCUUCUCCUCUUCUUCAUUGCUCUCGCCAUUGGGACCCUCUAUUCCAACGCUAUCUUUCAGCUCAUCCCCGAGGCCUUUGGCUUUAACCCUCUGGAGGAUGCCUACAUCGCAACAUCUGCUGUGAUCUUCGGGGGAUUCUAUCUCUUCUUUUUCACUGAGAAGGUCCUAAAAAUGCUGCUGAGUCAAAAACAUGAGCAUGGUCACAGUCACUACACGGCAGAUGCCAGGAAGCGUGAUGCUGAAGAGGGAGUGACGGAGAAGCUGCAGAACGGAGACCUGGACCACAUAAUCCCCCCUCCAGGCAGCAGCGAGUCUGAUCUCCGACAACAUCCUGGCGAUGAGAAGGUUGUGGUGGGGUCGCUGGCAGUACAGGACCUACCGGGUCAGCAGAGUUCUUGUUACUGGUUAAAAGGGAUCCGUUACUCUGACAUUGGCACGCUGGCAUGGAUGAUCACUCUCAGUGAUGGGUUACACAACUUCAUAGAUGGCCUGGCUAUUGGAGCCUCGUUCACGGUGUCUGUCUUCCAAGGCGUCAGCACGUCCAUUGCAAUCUUGUGCGAAGAGUUCCCACAUGAGCUUGGUGAUUUUGUCAUCUUGCUGAACGCCGGGAUGAGCAUUCCUCAGGCUCUUUUCUUCAACUUCCUGUCCGCCUGCUGCUGCUACCUGGGCCUGGGCUUUGGGAUCCUGGCCGGCAGUCAUUUCUCCUCCAAUUGGAUCUUUGGACUGGCAGGAGGGAUGUUCCUGUACAUUGCACUUGCUGACAUGUUCCCUGAGAUGAAUGAAGUCAGUAAGGAGGAUGAAGAAGGAGGUCGACCCCUCACUGCUUUUCUCAUACAGAAUGCCGGCCUUCUCACUGGCUUCGCCAUUAUGCUGCUGCUCACAACGUUCUCUGGUCAGAUCCAGCUGGUAUAGGCCCGGGUGACUCAGAGGCCGACAAGUCCUUGAUACGACGUCUCUAGUUAUUUCUUUCAUCGGCAGAAGAAUGGUGGCCUAAAUCUGACCAAAGGGAGAGGGAUGUCUAUGGCAACAUUCCUUACUUCUUUGUAUGUAUGGAGCUAGAGAACCAGAUAUUGGCGUAUGGUGGUCCAGCUAACUCUUUUU